ACACACACACACACACACACACACACACACACAGUCACGUGUAACUUCACACUUCCUGACACCGAUCAGUUUAAAUCUCAUGAUUGGUUUCGCUUUAAACCUUUAUGAUCUGCCUGUGAUUAAGUAACCACAUAAUUCUAAAAAGAAAAGAUGAAUGGGCUGCUUUUUACAGCAUCAGAAACAAAAGUGCGUGUAUUGGGUCACUUUCCACCUCUGGUUUCAGCGCUGACAUUUAAUUCCCUGUAACGUAUAGCCUCCCACUGCCUCUGUGGUUGAAAACAAUCCCUGCCUUAGGUUUAAUAAAGUAUAAUUCAUACCUCAACUCGCUCUUUGUCGUGUUAGUGUGUGCUCUGGGAGCAAACGGCGGUUUUCAACACGCCCAUGUAUAAUUUCCCACCUGUUGGAGAAGGACGAAAGUGAUAGGGGCUGGCGGCGCUCCCCCACCCAUCCGACAAGAAGAAGAGUUCCGGGUUCUUUUCAGCCGAAAGCUGCUCGCGCCUGGCGCUCUCACGGCGGGGACCAUGGCUCUUUUACUGGAUCACCAAUUUAAAGAUCUGCCUCCUGACAAGUCUGUAGACACAAAGUUGUUCCUGGAGGCUGUUUCUCAUAUUCCGGCAUUUUUUGACUGCUUGGGAUCAAGCGUAUUUUCAGUCAUCAAAUCAGACAUAAAUGGCAAUAUUACGAAAAUUAAUGCAGUGUAUCAGACGGAUCCUGCAAAGUACGUCACCUUGCAGGACAUUGUGGUGGCAGAGCGAGAAAACCAUGCAGCAGAAUGGCCUAAAGUUGGAGCAACAUUAGCUCUGAUGUGGCUUAAAAGGGGUCUCCGUUUUAUACAAAUCCUGCUGCAGAGUUUGGCAGAUGGAGAAGUGGAUGAGAACAACCCCAACCUAAUAAAGGUUAAUGUCACCAAAGCCUACGAACAGGCGCUGAAGAAAUACCAUGGCUGGAUGGUUCAAAGGAUUUUCACUGUAGCAGUACGUGCAGCUCCCUACAAAUCAAACUUCCUCAAGGCUCUGUCAAAAGGAGAGGAGGUGAAAGAGGAGGACUGUCUGGCAAAUGUGCGUCAGUUCCUGGUUAACUACACUGCCACUGUAGACGCCAUCUACGAGAUGUACAGAGAUCUGAACGCAGAGCUGGACUACACUGUUUGAUGUCCCAGGACGUUUGUCAAGCCUCUCAGGUUUCAGACAAGUCCAUUUUUCAAAUGGUGUUUUUUAGUAGGAUCGUUUUAUUUUCCUUUCAGUGUGGUAUUUAUUACUUUGAUUAUGCCUUAUGAAAUAUUAUUACUGUAUAUUUUGGUCUUAAAAUUAUGAUAAUGGAUUAAAUUUAAACAUAGCAGAUGGUUAUGUUUUGUGUUUUUAUAUAAUUUGAAAUAACUGCAGGAUUUUAAUAGCAACAGUGCAGCUCUUAGUCUUAUGCAGAAUGAAGUAUAAGUGUGUGUUGCUGCUUUAUUUAUGAGACAAACAGGUUGCUUCUCACCUGUUCCAUCAAGAGGAGAAUACAAGACUGAAAGCACUGUUGUUAUAAUAGAAAAAUAUUUCUGAUAUUCUCACAUCGGGAUGUUCUCUGUCUCCUGAGCCGUGGAGUUACCUCUGUUAACCCGAGAGAAGCGGCCCCCGGUAGUCAUUUAUCAUUUAAACAGCCCGUUUCCAGUGUGCAUUAAUCCACUUGUGCCUUAGUGUUUCUGUACAAAUACAUACGUUUUCAAAGUGAGCUCAGACUCUGUGUAUUUGCAAUUUCAGCUAAGCUACAAAGCAGUUAGAGCCAGAGCUAUUUUUCUUCUGAGGGCCCAACCUGUUUGGAGUCUGUGGUGCGUCUGUGGUGAGUCUGUGUUGACAGAAGGCGUGGUCCACUUCUGUUUUUGUAUGGAUUGUUCUGUGCCCUAAUUUUUGCCCAUUUGUCUGUAGUGACUUAACUUCUUUUACUUAACCAUUCUAAUGUCAAACAAUGUUUUUCAUAACAGCAGAGAGCACAUCAUGUGCAUAUAUAUUACUAACGUAUUAAUUAGAACCGCAUUUUCUUUUCUUCAUGGAUACUUAAAGAUAGGCUGUUUGUUUCUGAAUUACAAGCUAUGAUUAAAAAAAGAAUCUUAUCAAAAGAUCUUAAUGUAUAAUUAAAAAUAAAUGAAUUGUUACUACCCAGUUGAAUGACUGUUAAAAAACAAUAAUCACACUUGCAGUUCGUGAAUUUUACUUCAGGUGGCAGUGUUUACUUAGUUUUUGCCUUUUUUUUUUUUUUUUAAUCAGGUUUAUGGUGCAGCCACUGCAUGAAAUAAUUUAAAUUAUGUUCAGUGAUAAAAAUCAUACACUAAAUGCAAUGUACAUACAGUUACAGUCUUUGCCAACUUAGAUCCUUAAUUAUUCUAAAGCACAGUUCUGAUUUAUGUUUAUAAAUUUGCAAGCACAGCUAUGUGUCUUUCCCAAAGCUCUUUUGAUGGACCACAGUUUAAUUUGCCCUCAACUCAAAUACUUUUGAGGCAGAUUGCAGAAAAAAAAAUGUCAACACAGAUGAAUUUCAGUACUAAUUUUUUCAAACAUCAGCAAUAAAUUGGAGGAAAAUACUCUCCUCCUCAUGUCUCCUAA